CACCCCGGGACGUGAAAACUCGCAAAGCCGCUCGUUAUCUCCUCGCCAUGGUGGAGGGAGUGCCGCUCCGUCUCGCGCUCGCUCGCACGCCGAGUCGCCGCUCGAUUCAAAGCAUGUGACACCUCCAGCUCCAGCACCGGCACCAGCACCGGCACCAGCACCGGCACCUGCACCGGAUUUUCAAAAUAAAGGAGGAGGAGGGACGCAUUGUCCCGGUUUCUCGGGGCUCGUUCCGCUUCAGAUCCGAGCUGAAGGGCAGGCGCGAGGAGGAAGAGGAAGAGGAGGAGGAGAAGAAGGUAAAAUUCAAGUCACAAAAUAUGGGUCGUGGAGUUAGUGCUGGUGGGGGACAAAGUUCUCUGGGCUACCUUUUUGGCAGUGGAGAGGCUCCAAAACCCACUGAACAUAAUGGAGGAGCUCCAACGAAGGUACCUGACACUAGUAAUGGAACUUCUCACAAGUCUACUGCUUUUGUGCCACCAGUAGAUGUCACAAAGCAGAUUCCUGCGGGCAUUCAGGGGAGCCAGGCAAACAACUAUUUCUGCGCUGAUGGUCAAAACAGCGGCAACUUCAUCACGGACCGGCCUUCUACUAAGGUCCAUGCUGCCCCUGGUGGUGGAUCUUCCUUAGGCUACCUGUUUGGAGGUGGUGGCAGUGGCAAUUGAUGUGCGAGGACCCCAACGAUUUAUAAAUUUCUUAGCAGGAAUUUCCCUUGAAGUUGGAUGAAUUUUGAAUAUCAUCAUGUCUAGCCUACAAGUAGAUGCUGCCUUCGUUAUGCCACCAUGUAUUAUAUAGUCAUACUCAUUUUCUGGAUUUUACCCAGCUAAUCAUGACUUCUAGAACUCUAUCGCAUGAGCUGCCUCAUGCCCAACAAACCAACUAAAUUCUCAGUUUGUUGGUCGCGGUCGUGGCCUUAAUGACUUCGGCUUGGCAAAGCUAAUACAGAGAAUGAAUAUAUAACUUCCAGUCAUUAUAGACCUUUGUUUGCUGAA